AUGGACGUUUCCACAGUACUCGGCUACGUGUUCAACUUGGCGCUGAGCGUGUUCGGCGUCGUGUUCCGGCUGCUGCUCACCGUGCUCCUCUGGCUCUCCCACAACUACCCUGGCGCCCUCAACGCCAUCUUUGCCAUCGCUGGCAUCUAUACCGCCUACAAGAUGGGCCGCCGCUUCGUCUCCAUCUGGAUCGGGUUCAUGGUGAUGGCGCUCAAGUUCUUCGCCAUCAAUGUCACGUUGAUUGCCUUGGUACUUCUCUACUUGCGCGGGCCUGACCGCUUGCUCAACAACGAUAUCCCCAUGGUGCUGCUGUGGUGGACGAUGUCCCAGUCGCAGUUUUCCAACGUCGCCCGGGCGGGGUCGUUCCUUGCCUCCAUACCUCGCCACACCGACGGCGACGCUAACCCCGUCUCGGACGAAGAGGUCGUCGACUACCUUGAACAAGUCAGAGACCGCAUGGAAAACCCCGACGAGGUGUCGUUCGACGACGUCCAGGACAUGGUGAACCAAGGGUGGCAGUACGUCCAGCACGCCAACAUCGACUGGCGCGAUGUCGGCUCCAACUUGUACCAGCAGUGGGCCGCCCGCAACGCGUAG